AUGCUGCUGUGGCUGACCCUCGCCCUGCUAUGGAGCCCCACCUGCUGGGCACAGCAGAUAUUUGGGCCUGGAGGAGGUGACUAUUUCAGUACUUCUAGAGACUUCCAAAAUAAUGUCACCAGGAUUUUUAGUGUUUACGGGUCAUUUUCGCUGUAUCAGAAGAAAAGCGAACAAAUUACAGGAGUCCUCGGCUCCUUCAGGCAUUUCCUCUCCUACUUGGCAGUACACACCAACCUAUGGCCCCCCUUCCAUUCUGGAUGUCCACGUGGCCACUUCUUCAUCGCUUCCCCUGAUGAUAGCCAGAAGGAGCUCACUGGAGUCUACGGACAGCAUACAGUUCAGGGCAUUGCCAGCAUCAGCUUUGACUGGGAUUAUCCUUCAGACUGAAGCAAAUAGCAUUUCAGCCAAAGAGAAAUGAUCCCUCUGGGUUCACAGGGCUGGGCCAUGGGUUUCCUGCCAAGGCUGCCUGGCUGGUGGUGGACACAAGGCACCAGGGACCUGA